GUCUUGUUGUGAGCUGCCCAGAGUCCCAAUGGGAGUGGGCAGCAUACAAAUUUUAAAUUCCAAUUCCAAAUUACUUUUUUCUAAUAUAUGAUUAAAGAUCAGUUAAAUCAAUUAAAUUUUAAUGUACUUUUUGUAAAUAUUUUUGUAAAUAUGUAACUAAAAGUCUAUUAGGGGAGUCGCAAUUCUUGGAUUGCUAGCCCUUGCAUUAUAUUUUCAUGUAUUUCCUAUUUUAAAAUAGUGGGUAAUUUUGCACUGAGUUUGGAUAGCAUAGUGAGAAUUGUUUAAUUUUAUUCAUUCAUUUAUAUCCUACAUUUCUUAUUUUUAUAAAUAACUUGAGGCAGUGAACAUACGUAAUACUCCUUUCUCCUCCUAUUUUUCCCACAACAACUGACCUGUGACAUGGGUUGAGCUGAGAAAGUAACUGGUCCAAAGCCACACAGCUGGCUUUCGUGCCUAAUGGGGGAUUAGAAUUUACAGUCUUCUGAUUUUUAGCCUGGUACCUUAACCCAUAGACCAAACACAGAUCUCAACUCAAGGAUAAGAAGAAUUGGGUUUCUUCACAUGGCAGAGAAGCUGAAAAUGAUAACUUUGUUCUUCCAGAUAGUGAUUGUCCUUUGAAGGAUGCAGCCAGUAGGAAAAUUGCUAGAAUGACAGUAAAGGCUCGAGAACACUGCCUUAGGAUGCUGGAAGAAGCAUUGGUCACCAAUCGGCAAGCAGCACCAGUCACAGAUAGUUCAGGUCUUCUAGCAUGUGCUGUAGAGAUGGAAUAUGAAGCUUUCCGGACUAGUAAGAUGGCAAACCUAUACAAGGCAUCAGUUCUAAAGAAGGUCACCGAAAUUAACAAAGCUUCCAAAAAUGGGGAGUUGUAUGCCAUCCCGGACUUGGGAAUUAGUGACUAUCCCAAGAUGAAAGGUGAAUCAACUGCUACACAUGAUGAGGUCUUCUGUCAAGCAUCUAAAGUGAAUACUUUCAAACCCAAGAGAAUGGGGAUUGGAUUUCAAAACAAGUCUGGCAUGUUCCAGUCUGCUUCAGAGGUUCUAUCUGUUAAGGAAGGAGAUGACAUUAAUGUUGUAAAAGAAGAAAUUGGCUCAGGCUGGAAGGAAGACAGUGGUUGUGGUCCCAAGCCUUUGGAUAUGGGUGACAUUCUUGAGGAUAAGGAGGAAACAACCAACAAAAUAUGCAAAAACGGUGCUGAAUCCCCUGAAACAAAAGGACAGCAUGACAUUGCUGAGGCUGUCACCUCCUUGCUGGUUAGUCAUGAAAAGAGAAAACCUACUAAGAAGCAGUUACUGUUAGCAGAAGCAGCUAGGAAAGAAUCUCAGAACAUCUCCAAAUUCUUCUCCAUCCCCAAAGCAGGAUGUAAAGCCAAGGCUUCAGAAAUUGAUUUUGCAGAAGAGAAAAUCAACUGUCUCAAUGAAUUGCCUCAGUUUUCCUCCCGAAGAGCGUGUGAAGAGAAAACUGAACCUCAGGAAUACCUUGAUACUGUUUUUAAAGAAGAACUAACAAGUUCAUCUCCCCCAAAAGAGCAGGAAUUGAAGAAUAUAGAAGAUAUGCCUUUGAGCAGUCAAAGAUUAGAGAGAGAGUACUCGUACUCUGGAUCACAUUUUGAAAAGCUAAAGGCUGAAUCUUUGAUUGAAGAAGAUAUAACCAAUGAUUGUGAAAAUCUUAACGGAAAAAGACUAGGAUCAGCUGAGGACCUGGAGAGCCCUGCUGAAAAGAGGCUACGAAUGAUGAACAUGUCCUCCAUUUUGUCACAGUCAGAGGGAAAAGCUGGUAGACUGGCAAAAAAGAAAGUCACUUUUGACCCAAAGUUAUCACAGGAUGAUAAAGAAGGGAACACGAGAGCCGUUAAGCCACCUUCAAAAACAUUGUCGCUUAAGGAAACAGCAGAUAUUGUUGUAAAAUAUUUGACUCCUUUCUACAAAAAUGGGAAAUUUGCAUCUAAGGAUUUGUUCAAGGGAUUUGCCCGACACCUCUCUCAUUUGUUGGCUGCAGACAAAAGUAGCUUCCGCAAAACAGUGAAAGAAGAAGCGCAGAGGCUGAUCAAGACAUUUUUCAAAAGCCGAGACAAGUGUGAAAGCGAAACAGACUGGCAGGAGCUGGCCACUUUUGAAACGUGACUCACGAAAGGCCCUGCUUCACUUUGCUGGUUGUGACAGAGGACUGUCCCUCCAUGUUUCACUAUAGCUACGCUUUGUAACAAUGCAAUGGGGAAGAGGAGGGGAGAGGGCAGUUGGGAGAUAGAGGCGCCAGGGUUAAGGAUUAGAUAGAUUUUCUCUAUCUGAAAAAAAGGCAUGUUGCUGUCAGGUUUUGAGAGCAACCCACUUUCUUCCUUCUAGCAAGUAUGAGUGAAUUCAAAUUUUAUUAUUUGGCUAGGCAUAUAAUUAUGUCUGGAGAGUCUCCAGUCUUUUAAUACAGAUUUUACUGGCAGCUACCUUAAAUAGAAGAAAUGCAUUUGCCUCAGUCAGGAUUUCUUUGCUGUGAGAGUAACAUGUUAGAGAGUACUUUGGGAAAGACCAGUUAAUUUAUAAUUGGAAGGAAACCUGGAAGGGUUAUUUUAGCCAAAGCUCUUUAGAUUUCUGUUCUUUUAUGGUGUUGACAUGUUUCUUUUAUUCCAAAAGUGUUCCCUUGCAUUUUUCCCUCAGUUGGUAAUAUAAUAACAAAUUAAAUGCAGCAAAUUAAGGGCAUAGCAGCCAGUACUAAUUAAAUACAUGCAGUGCUUUGGUUUUUUUAAAGUGCUAUUUAGAGUGGGACUUCCAAUGUGGGCAACAGGAACUAUUUUGAUGCUUAGGUUUUCCUACAUUAUUUUUGUUCCCAAUUCCUGCUUCAGUAACUCUGCUCCCCUAUUAAGUUAUAAAUGCACAAUUAAGGAAUCCUGUCUUCCUUCUGCAUCAUCUGUCAGUAUUUGCAAUGUGUACUUCGGGGACACCCUGCCAGCUACCCUGAUAGCUCUUGGUGUAAUUUUCCUUUAUCUCCCACCAAUAUGACCAGAGUCUUUGUUGGCUGGGAACAAUGGACGUUAUGCCUUUAGACUGAGUUUGGUAGGAGAGUUCUGAAAUGUUAUUUUUAAGGAGAGAAUUAAUAUUGUGUCUUGCUUCUGUUCCUAGUUGGCAUGACUUUCUUUAUCCAAGAGGGACUAUUACCUACCUCUUAUGGUUAGAAAUGUCUAGUUAGGAGCAGAUUUUUCUUUUCAUAAAACCUCAGGAAUAAAGGUCAAUACCUCCCUUCCCAAAGAUUCUGUUCUUUGAUAUUAAUUGAAUGGAAAUGCCUGAUAUAUUUAAGGAAAAUUGCCAUUGCAGUAUCAGUGCACAUUGCUCUAAAAUUAUGUAGUAGUAAUAUUUUACAUUGCAUUUUUAUUUUUUGCAUAUGGAGUAAAUUUUAGACCCUUGCAGAUCAUUAUUCACAGACUUUUUCAAUGGGUUUCAAAGGCUGUUACACAGAUUAUUUGUAUGGUGAGGAGCUGUAAUGUUUUGAGGGACCCCUGGCUUUGCCACAUUAUAAACAUGGGUUUGAUGUAUUAAAACAUGCUUUUAGGUAAAUAAUGUAAAAUUAGCACUUUAAAAUAUAAAAAAUGUGAGAAAUUAUCAAUUACUGUAGUAGUCUCCAAUUCCCAUCUCGAAGUUGAGUUGCUUCAAAUAGUUUUGUUUUCAGGUAAGAAAAUUUUUUUUACAGCUCACAUUCUCUAUAAUAAGUAGAGAAAUAAAUGCACAUUUGAAAGAGAUGAGUUAGUUCUUUUCAUAUGUCACAUACGUAAAAGCCAUACUAUUGUACUGUGCCUCCAAUCUGGACCUAACUAGUAGCUCAGUAUUAUGGCAAAGUGACCCUACAGAGCUUAUAAGGAAAAUGCUGUUUUAUUGAUAUUUAAGAGAAACUGAAUAUAUUUGGGGAGUCUUGAUUAAAAUUGUAGUUUUUAUCAUUAUGGUUUUUUGACCUGUGCCUUAGAUCUGUCCCUGCCACUGAUCUUUCUGAUGUUGAGAGCUGAUAGAUAAAAGCAGAAUUGUGGAAGAGAUCAACAAAUUAGCUUCUGCUGGAAAAAGAGGGUUUGUAACUUUAAAGGUACAUGGCAAGCUGCUAAUAAAAUUAAUGUUAAAGAUG